CUACUUCAUCACACUUUCAAUAGCUACAAUUGCGAUCGGAAAAACUGUCAUACCCCGCAAAAUUAUAUAACCCACUUCUCUUUCCUCUCCAACGGUCCUCCCUUCCCUACUACUGUGCUAUGGUCUUAGCUUAGCCUUCUUCUCUCUCUCUCUCUCUCUCUCUUAUUUUCUCAAACUAAAAAAAAAUAAAAUUUUUAAAAAAUAAAUAAAAGAACUUUUCUUUUCUUGGUCUUUGAAUUCUCCCGCAUUCUGGAAUUUUUCGAUCUGGGUUUAACUGAAUUAUGGAACUUUCGCAUGGGAAUGAGCUUGGUUCAUCGUAGAAUCCAAAGAGAUGGGGGCCACAGUUUUCCUUGUCGCAGAAAAAAAUUCAGAUUGUAGAUUGUGAAUCUGGGAUUGAGUGUUUGAACAGUUUUUGUGAAGUGUUUGUCGUUGUUUUUCUAUCUAAAGUGGGGUUGUGUUUGAGCAAAUAGCACUUGGUUGUUUUUGGGAUUUUAGCAUAUAAGAACGAUUUGAGCUUUUGUUUGUUAGCAUGUUAAGCGAUUUAGUUUAAAUGGGUUGAGAGUUGGAUGGGUCUCUAGAAGGAGAAUGACUCCGGGGACUGAUUUCUCGCCUCAGGUAACAAGAUUGGAUGGUGGGUUCUCUAAAGGCAGCGGUGUCUCUGCUAUGGAAGAUCACAAUGCUGAUUCAUCCGACAAUCUUAACCAAAUCACUUCUGGCAAACCCCCUCGAAACCUCUCUGUUAUGCGCCAUUGCACCAGCUCAGCGUUUUUGGCUGAACUAGAAUCAGAUAUUGGUAUUAUUGGCUUAAAGUCACCAACAGAUGAAUCAUCAGGGUUUUUACCAGCGUUCCGUUCCGGUAGCUGGUCUGAAAAAGGACCAAAACAGUACAUGGAAGAUGAGUAUAUCUGCAUAGAUAACCUAUGUGAACAUCUUGGUUCUGCUGCAGGCUUACAUUCUCCAGCGGCAUUUUAUGGGGUUUUCGAUGGACAUGGAGGUGUUGAUGCAGCUUCAUUCACCAAAAAGAACAUCCUUAAAUUCAUCGUUGAAGAUUCCCAAUUUCCAUCUGGUGUGAAAAAAGCAGUUAAAAAUGCUUUUGUGAAGGCAGACCAUGCAUUUGCAGAUGCGAGUUCUCUUGACAGUUCCUCUGGUACCACUGCUUUGACUGCACUUAUUCUGGGAAGGACCAUGCUAAUUGCUAAUGCCGGCGAUUCUCGAGCUGUUUUGGGAAAACGAGGAAGAGCAGUUGAGCUGUCAAGAGACCAUAAACCGAACUGCACCUCCGAAAGACUGAGAAUUGAGAAACUAGGCGGUGUCAUUUACGAUGGUUACCUCAAUGGCCAACUAUCAGUGGCACGAGCUCUUGGAGACUGGCAUAUCAAGGGCACUAAAGGUUCAAGCUGCCCUUUAAGCUCUGAGCCGGAGUUAGAGGAGAUGGUGUUGACAGAAGAAGAUGAAUUUUUGGUAAUGGGCUGUGAUGGCUUAUGGGAUGUGAUGAGCAGCCAGUGUGCAAUUACAAUGGUAAGAAAGGAGCUGAUGCAGCAUAAUGAUCCCGAGAAAUGCUCAAAAUCGCUGGUGAAGGAGGCACUGCAACGCAACACUUGCGAUAAUCUGACUGUUGUUGUUGUCUGCUUCUCUCCAGAUCCACCUCCAAAGAUCGAAAUUCCAAGAUCCCAUAAGAGGAGGAGUAUUUCAGCUGAAGGGCUGGAUCUUCUCAAGGGUGUCUUGAACAAUAUAUGAACAAGAUCUGCUGCUGAUGACUUGUACAGAUGAAAUGGAGUGUGCAGCAUCUUGUUGAGGAUACUUUUUGAAAGUUACAGCGAAACCCCCUGCUCUGGUUUUUGACAUUUGCUGAUUUCUUUAACAAUACAUGCUAUAUAUAUACGUCCAAGCUACAAUUUUACAGUCUGAAAUUUUGGAGCUUUAUUCAGACAUUUUGUAAUUUGUUAGUUUCUUAGUUGUUGGACUUGGAAUUCCUCUAAGACCAGUCUUAAUCUGUUUAAUCUUUAGGCUUAACUGUUUUAAAGUACAACAAUGAGAAGAAGAUUCUCUAAAGAAGGUUUUUAAGGCUGUUUCUUCACAUACAACCUUGUGGCUAUUAACAAGGGGAUAGACUAAACUAAAUAGAACAUUCAAUGAAACUUCAGUAGAGAUAUUUGACUA